CACUUUUGUCCAAUGUUUACCCCCCGUUAUUUUUAAAGCUGAACACACGAAUUCCUUUGAUGUUAAGAUUACUAAUUUAUUAGCCGAAGACACUGAUGUAAAUCGCUGUUCCAACAACUGCAAAGGUAUCUUCAAAUCGGUAAGCUUUUUAGCAAGUAGUUUUACUAGGUAUGUGACUAUAAAACUGUUCCAUUUGUAAAUAUAUUAAAACAUCUGCAAACAACGCGAAAUUUGAACGGGUUUAGAAACCAUGCACACACUUGGAGUUGUCAAUAAAUGUAGUCCAAUGCAAAUUUAAGAUCAAUUUUAGUUUCUGUUUUAUUUAUUGAGCGCUGAGCAACCGCAAGUGGACUGUCAAACGUUUUCAACUCGAGACAAAGCAGCUUUAAAGAAAACUGUUGUAUAAUUUUAUAUUUCAGGUCAAUUUGGAAAAGAAUUUUUAGCGCCAGAAAUUCCAAAACAUCAAGAACAAUAUCAAUAUGGCUUCGAAUAAAGUAAGAUUGGAUUUUAAAAUUUUAAUGUGGGGACUUUGUGGCCGAACACAAAAUGUUUUAGUUAAUUAAAAGCUUACAAUAAAAGUAAUUCUUUCGUUUUUUAUUAAUGCGGUGGGUUGAGGGGGUUUUAUUUUCAAAAUUUUUGCACCAGAUUUAUUUUGUGUGUGACAAUUACUAGGCGUGUAGCUAUUAUUUCAAUACGCGCGAAAAAGAUCAAAGGCCAAAUGGUGUCCAGUUUAUUAAUAUUUUUAAACUCUAACUGAAAAAUUACCUUACUACAGCAAAAGGACGAGCGUCUUUUCAUGCUUUAACUGUUAAGAGAAAUACAAAAUUAAUGAACAGAAGUUUGAGAACUAUACAAGCUAAUAAUAGUGUAUAAAACGGUAACUCCAAAAAUAAACAUUUUAAUCGUUCUAGCUUUCGAGUUUCGACUAAGAUCCAGUCAUUGAUGACUGAAUCUUAGUCGAAAGCUAGAACGAUUAAAAUGUUUAUUUUUGGAGUUACCGUUGUUUUUAUAUUCUAUUAAAAUACUCAGUGGUCCGUAAUUCUAGUCCCAGGCUCUCCCUCCGUACUCUGCUUUGAUGUAUUUAAAUAAGUUUUAUAAGUUUUAUGCGCGAGUGUGCUGUGCGGAACACUUCAGCGCGAGAGCCUAGCAGAUUUCAGUAAAAUCACUAAAUGGUCCCUGAUUUCAAAAAAGUGACCCAGGCCUGGUUACCAUCGUUACCAGACACACGCAUUUGUAAAUAAAAAAUGUUAUAGAAAUUUUGUUUGUGUUAAGCCUGCUCGUUAGCAGUUAAGCCAAAUAAUUCACAAAAGAAUGUAUGAUCAACAGCUAUAAACAAUGGUAGCGCAGGCGCAUAGGCGCAAGCAUUAGUUUUACUCUAAUCUCUCGGAACGAAAUAGGCUGCGUACGUUUCGCUACCAUACGGUCAAUGGGCUGUCUACAGACUAAAAGCGUGAGAAUUAUGGUAAGUCUCCGACUAAAAAUGUUUUGACAACACAGUCAUGUUGUGUAAAUAUUCGCAAUCUCCUCAGCUUAAACGUUUCAAGUAGAAAGCGUAGUUGUGUAUGGUCUAGUGUAGAUCACAACUUGCGAGUAUAUAAUUAACACAGUUAGGAUUAUACGACAAAACUGUUUUGAACAUUUUACCAACGUUCAGUGUCAUAAAUUUGUAUAUGUUUUUAAUUGAACACAUUUUUACUACAGUUUAAGAUUUGGUUAUGUAGACAUCGAAUAUGUAUAGGAUGUAGGAUAAACACCGAGAAGGAGAGAUUUACGUCAGAUAAUCACCCGAGGACGCGCAACAUCCGAGGGCAUUAGAGAGGUUAAGAUACCCCGGUUUCGGUGUACGGGUACGAGUAGUGUCAUCUUGUUUUACUGAUGUCUGUAAUUCGAUCAUACUUUUUCUGUUUUCUUGCAAUAGACAAUGAUAUAAUGGGGAAAAUGUGCACCUUAAUUACGAGUAAAGGUACAGACAUCGACGAAAAUAUUGCUAACCAAAAUCAUGCUACCCAUACACCGAAACCGGGGUAUCUUAACCUCUCUAUUAUCUGACAUAAAUCCCGACUUUCGAGGUGUUUAUCAUAUUUAAAUCUUGAUCGAGGUUUUCCAACAAAGUUUUGUUUGUUUCGUUUCCUCUGAACGACGAUUUUCUGAGUUUACCUUCAUCUUUUCAGGUAAUUAAUAUUCAAGGUGAUUAUUAAAAAUAAUCACCUCGGUACAUCAAAGAAAAGCGACUCAAUGAUAAAUUGAGGGCAUUGGCUCUGGGGAAAUAGAAUUUUUCCUGUGCUGUGAUUGGUUUAACGUUUAUCAAUAGUGCAUGCUGACAACAACUGGAACCCCUAAAUUUAGGAGUCCCGGUUUUCUAUUUCCCCAGAACCUUCCUCGCCCGCGCACAAGCAUUUACGCGAUUGGAACGACUGGGACUAGGCUGGUGUUCCUGGUAUAACGUUUUGAUGGAUUGCUUUGCGUGUUUUUUGUUCGUUCGUUCGUGCAUGCGCGGUUAUUAUCAAGCCGGUAUCACGAUGUGUUGUUCCCAGUUGUUGUGACAAGUCAAGUUGUUAUCACCUUGUACAAGUUGUUCCAACAAGACUAAUACAGGCUGUUCGUAAGAAAAUGCUACGAGCUUGUUGCCAUCAAUUUGUUAUCAACUUGUUACGAUAUAUCAGACUUGUUCAAACAACUUAUUGCGAAUCUGUUGGCCUCAUCAACCUUGUUACAAGAUGAUAACAACUUCUUCCAGACUUGCCAACAACUGGGAACAAGCAGUGCGAACACAUUGGCAACUACCAGGAACACCGUGGAAAAAGUAAAAUGCACAUACACUAUUCUAACAACGUACAUCCGGAACGAUAUAAAAAAAACAAUUUUACGUGUGGGCCAAAAAGGCUAAGACCGUGGACGGAAAAUAAUGAAUAAAAACAAGUUAUCGCGCUUUUUGUUCAGGAUUCAAAAAUCGUGCAAGACACUUCGAUGAAACUGGGCGAUGAUAUCAAUCUCGCAGACCAAGACAAUGUCCAAAUGGACCCAGUCCUAGCCCAGAAUAAGUACCCGGAUUUGAGUGGUGCUAAAUCUAUCAUGGCAAAAUACCUCACUAAAGACGUGUUUGAAAGACUGAAAGAUAAGAAAUCUAGCACUGGAUUCACCAUCGCUCGAGCCGUGAAUACUGGAGUCCAGAAUAAACCCAAGUCAUUGAUGGGUUGUCAUGCAGGGUAGGUAAGGUGGUAUGAUGAUGAUGGUGGUGAUAAUGGUGGUAGUAGUGAUCAUGGUGCUGAUGACGAUGAUGGUAGCGAUGGAUCAGAUGGUGAUAAUGGUGACAAUGCUGGUAAUAAUAGUGAAGAUGGAUGGUGGUGAUGGUGAUAUCUUAGAUCAUUAGAAAGUAUUCAUAUUUUUUAAAAAUAUUUUUAGGGACACGGAUUCCUAUGCAGUGUUUGCAGAGUUCUUCGACCCAGUGAUUGAAGAGUACCAUCGUGGUUUCAAGCCGACUGACAAACAUGUCACUGACAUGAACGUGGAUAAUUUGAAAGGCAAUAUUGACGAGCCAGGGAAGAUUAUCUCAACAAGGAUUAGAGUGGCGAGGAAUAUUACUGGUUUUAAUCUGGCACCAGGUAUGGUAGUUUUGUACUGGUGAUUUCUCACCAUCAUGACCAUUAUUCAUCAUUACCACAAUCACCAUCACCACUACCACAAUGAAUCACCUCAACCAAUUCCAACGCUUCUUAGGUCAAAACAGCAAAGACGAGAAGCUAGCAGUUGAAUCCUUGAUGCUCAAAGUCUUCGAGAAAUUGGAAGGAGACUUGAAAGGCCGCUACUACUCUUUGGUCAAGAUCACCGAAGAAGAACGCCAACAGUUGGUUCGUGAACACUUGCUCUUCAAAGGGAAUGACAAGAUGCAGGCGGACAGCGGGUACCAUCGCUGGUGGCCACAUGGCCGAGGUAUCUAUCUCAACGAAAACCGUACUUUUGCAGUCUGGUUGAAUGAAGGCGAUCACAUCCGUGUCAUUUCCAUGCAGCAAGGUAAGAUGUGAUGAUGGUAAUGAUUAUGGUUGUGAUGAUGGUGGUGGUGAUGAUGGUGAUAAUGGUGGAAAUGAUGGUGGUGAUGAGGAUGAUAGUACUGAUGAUGGUGAUAAUGGAAAAUAAACAAUUAGACAGUAAGCAUAGAAAAAGUAACCAUACCUCCUCCACAUUGCCAGGUGGUGAUGCCAGAUCAGUCUUUACAACCCUGGUGAAAGCAGUCAACACCAUUGAAACUCUCAUCAAACAGAUUGACGGCCGUGGUUUCCAGAAAACCGACCACCUUGGCAUGAUCACAUGUUGUCCUACCAACCUGGGCACGGGUCUGAGGGGUGGGGUUCUCAUCCAACUCGCCAAACUCCAGGCCAAGAUGGGAGAGGAUGGUCUCAAAGAAUGGGCAAACGCCAAUCAUUUGCAAGUGCGGGGCUUGUAUGGAGAGCACUCAGAUUCUUCUGGAGCGAUCUAUGAUGUAUCCAACAAGUACAGAUUGGGCUAUUCUGAAGUACAGUUAGUGCAGUUCGUCAUUGAUGGUGUUAACAAGCUCAUCAAGAUGGAGGCAUCUGGUUGAAAUACUUUGAACAUUUUAUCACGUAUGGAAAUCUAGUUCAAGUAUAUGCGAGUAGAUAUAAACUGCAAUUGUAAAACUAGGAUAUCAUUGGAACGUUUUAAAGUUUACUUUUAGUCUUAAAAUUUUUUUAAUGUUUUUAUCAAGUAUAGAUAUCAUAGAUAUCUACAAUUUUAGUGUGUAGAAAUAAAUGUUUGAAUAAAAUGAAUAUCCACAAAAUAUUCACCAAAUCUACAACACUGUUUUAGACUAUCCCUGUCGUUACUGGACUUCUA